AUGACGCCGAGGUCGGGCUGGGCCAUCGAGAACCCGAAGACCUCCUUGGCCGCGGCGGCGGCGGUUAUCACAGGGGGCCUCUUCACCUACUGGUACCGACACCGGCGGCCAGAGCCCAAGGUGGCCGAGGCGGCGGAGAAGCCGAGCCGCCAGAACCAGAAGGAGCUCGCCGAGGCCCUGCGAGGCUCGGUGGAUGCCUUGGACUUCCAGCAGCUGCUGGCAGCGCGCAUGGCGCUGCUGGGUGCCGCCCUGGAAGGCGAGUGCAACUUGACUCAGUCCAAACCUGGGCUGCCUGACGAGGUCCUUGGAAAGGAGGAGCUGAUCAAGUAUGUCCGGGCGCCAGCGGCCCUUGGGCAGAGCGGCUCGGUGGGUGCUUCGUGCAAGAAUGGGAACGCAACAGCCGUUCAGCUCGCUUGGGGCGGGCCGGCAGAGGCGCUUCUGCCGCAGCUGCAGCUGUUGGGUGUGGUCAAUGCCACCGCUUGCUACCCACAAAUCCUGGAAGUGGACGUGCUGAAGAAGUACAUCACACAGGGUGGAGCCAAGAACAUCGACCUGAACGACCAGGAGACGCUGAAAAAGAUCACGGUGCAGGCCACCGGAGUGUGCUCCUGGCGGGCCGAGGGCAUCAAGCACCGGAAAAAUGAGGUCUUCAUCGACGUCAUUGAGAACGUGAAUAUCUUGAUGUCUACCAAGCGAGAACGACUUAGAGCAGAUGUCUCUGGAGAAAUCCUGGUCAACUGCAAGCUGUCAGGAAUGCCGGAGUGCAAGUUCGGCAUGAAUGACAAGCUUAUCAUGACCGCCGAGGCGAGAGCGCGGAGCAGCGACAAAGGCAUCGCCUUGGAUGACUACAGGUUUCACCAGUGCGUUCGACUGUCGAAAUUCGACGUGGACCGCGAGAUUACGUUCAUCCCGCCGGAUGAGCCCUUUCAGUUGAUGACGUACCGCAUUACUGAGAACAUUGAGAGCCCCUUCAAGCUGCUUCCCAACGUGAAGGUGCUUGGGCGCAGCAGAUUGGAGCUGAGCCUGCAAGUCACUGCCAUGUACGACCGGAACAUUGAAGCCACCAAUGUCCGGAUCGACUUCCCGUGUCCCAAGAACACGGCCAAGGCACACAUUCCAAACACAGCGCAUGGCAAAGCCCGGUACGACCCGGCACAGGGCGCUGUGGUGUGGCGUAUUCGCCGCUUCCCCGGGCGCCAUGAGUACAACCUCCUGGCCGAGGCCGCCUUUUUCGGUGUCCGGACGGGGAGGUGUGGCAACUGCUUAUGGGGAAUCUGCAGCCGCCCUGUGAACGCCUGA